UGUUUUCUGCUGCUGCUUUAGGAAAAGCAUCGAAAGGGAGGAUUUGGGGAGGAGGGGGGAAUCUGGUGUCUCCCUGGCCUGGGUGGAUUAUGCACAGCAGGUUCUGGAGGUCCAGAUGAUGCAAAGCAUCCCAGGGAAGGAAUAGAAUCCAAAGUGAUCCUCAGCAUCUGAUCCACUGAGAUCUCCUCCUUCUUCCACUUCUCAGCUGCCUCACAUAAGCUUGUUUAAUGCAACCUUCUCAAGAAACAUCACCGCUGACAGCCCAUGGCAACAUCACAGGAGCUCCAGGGGCCCUAUCUACACAGAGGGAGAUCCAACAGUGACCCCAACAUCAUCUAUGGGGACCCCACAGAGCCUGGCUCAGAGUCAGAUGAUUGCACAGAGGAAAUGGCUCAGUCCCCGGCCCUGCGGACGGAAUAUCAUCUCGUGUCGGGCAUGCGGACUCCCCCUGCCAGGAGGAACAGCAAGCUGGCCACGCUGGGCCGGAUUUUUAAACCGUGGAAAUGGAGGAAAAAGAAAAGCGACAAGCUCAAACAUUCGCCUGCAGGUCUGGAUAAGAAGAGCAGUGCCAAGCAGAACCGUGAGGAGAUUUUUAGAAAAGGACUGAUAGAGAUUGUAGAUAGAGAUCCUGAUCUUAAAGAUAGCCCAUCAGAGGAUACCACGACUGAGGACUAUAGUGAUUUCCCCUCUCCCACAAGCCCAUCGCCUUCCGCUGACGAGACCCUGCAAGAGAUCUUAUCCGCAGCAAAUUUCAGCUCCCUGGAUGAGGACCAGCAAGUAGAAGAGGACGCAGGUAAAGUGCAGAUGACGUUGGAAGAAGAGCUGAAGGACUCUGUGGAGAAGACAUUACAAGCCUUACUUCUCACCGAAUCUCUAGAGUCUCCAUCUCCAGAGAGAAACACAACGCUCCUCAACAGCCCCCCGCUACUUCCAUUGACCCAGCCUAAGACAUGCACGUGGGCUAACCAGUCUAUAACAGGUACAGAAAUGGAAGACAUCCCCUCCCCUCCAGCGAGGAUCAUGAAAAAUCCUGCCUCCGUUGGCUCCUCCCACAUCUCAGGACACACCAAUCUCUUCCAGCCAUCCGGCCACAAAAUCUCAGAAAACAAUGGUUCAGUGAUGAAGGGCCAGAACCCCACUCCAACAGGCUCCCCCCACCUGCCUGCCAUGCAUAUGCCUUUACCUUCCAGCCGAGUCAUAGAGGAACUCCACCGGGCGCUGGCCACCAAACAUCGCCAAGACAGCUUUCACAAUCGGGAUGUGAAGUCUUCUCCGAAGAAGAGGGUGGAGUUUCGAACCUCACGGCCCUCCAGCAUGGACAAGAGCAGAGACAGCUCCACGGAGAGCGACUGCGAGAACAAGUGCGGCUCAGUAAAAGAAGCCGAGGAAAACAAAGAAAACUUGAUCAGGGAUUCCAGCCAUAAAGACAACAUGCUGUUAUAUGAGGACGAAGAUGAACUCAACAGCUCUGUUAUCUCUGGCACUAUGCCUAGAAAGUACAAAAAGGAAUUGUUAACGGUGAAGCUGAGGAAUCGACCCAGCAAGCAAGAAUUGGAAGACAGAAACAUCUUCCCGCAGAGGACAGAUGAGGAGAGGCAGAAGAUAAGAGAGCAGAUUGAAAUCAAGCUUUCAAAGCGCCUGAGCCAAAGACCAGCUGUGGAGGAACUGGAAAGAAGGAAUAUCCUAAAACAGAGGAAUGACCAGACAGAACAAGAAGAACGAAGGGAAAUCAAGCAGAGGCUGACAAGAAAGCUCAAUCAAAGGCCAACAGUAGACGAACUGCGAGAGAGAAAAAUCCUGAUACGAUUUAGUGAUUAUGUGGAGGUGGCAAAAGCCCAGGAUUACGAUAGAAGAGCAGAUAAGCCAUGGACCAGAUUAUCUGCAGCAGACAAGGCUGCUAUACGAAAAGAACUUAAUGAAUAUAAAAGCAAUGAAAUGGAAGUACAUGCUUCAAGCAAACAUUUGACCAGGUAUCACAGACCGUAAAAUCUUUCAUGCAUAGGAAAAACGGUCCUACUUUGCAAUUACAAAAAUCGCUGAACAUGUUCCAUGAGGAGCAAUGAGGUUCAGUUGUGAAGUUGAGCGCCUGGCGCUCUGAAAUUUUCGCAGAGAGUACAUUGUGGGUGAGAAGGAGAAACUGUCUGCUACACUCCCUGAUGUGGAGUGGAACGGCGAUGAGUUCACCGCGCAUGUCUGGGGACUGAUCAGCCCCAACAGGGGAGAGAAACUAAGCUCAAGGAUACACACGCAAAACAAAAGUGGGUGUCGCUGAGAGACACUGGAUGGACACUGGAUUGACGCUGUAUAUUGCAGCAAGACGCUGUGCAUGGCGACAUCAUAAUGGACAACCGCAGCCAGCACAUCUAUCAGUAUUACAUCGACAUGUCCGCCUCGUCACACUUUCUUUGUAAAGGUCAUGCCUCGGCAAAGUAUUUUCAUGUUUUAUAUUAUGUUUCUUUUUUUAAAUGUCUUAAAAUGUUACAUUUUCCUGGUUACGUUAUUCUUAUUAAAAAAAAGAAAAAUCAAACAUUGCUGAAAA